CGGAAGGGAGUGGGGGAGGGAAGACAAGCGACCCCGGAGCGAGCGCGGCCAGGGGCGGGGCCGGGGGCCCCCGCAGCUUCUAGGAAUUGCCCCGGGCAGCGGUUUGGGGUCUGAGGGCUCGCGCUAGGCUCUGUGAGCACCGCACACAAAGGUAGAGGACUUGCUGCGCGCCCACCGCGCACCGUGGGCAGAGAGUCAGGGGUGGGGACCGGCUCUGCGCGCACUGGGCAGAGGAGGGGCGGGCGUGAGCCUCUUCAGCCAGGAGUCAGAGCCAGAGCCAGAGCCUGACGCCGCCCGGGUGCGGGCUGCUGCCCCUCCCGGCUCGGCGCCGCCUACCGCAGCCGGGGAGGGGCCGGGGCGGAGCGAGCGAGCGGGAAGCGCCAGGGCGGAGCGGGCUCCGGCAGAGCGCUGCGCGGGGCUGGCGGAGAAGGUCCGCGGCAGGAUCGGCGUCGCUACAGCUAUCCACGACCCAGUUCCCGGCCGGCCGCCCCCCGGACCCACCUUCACGCGCAAGCUGAAAGCGCGCAGAGCCCCGAGGGAGCGAGUCCCAGCGCGUAGCGGCUCGGCUGCUUCCCUCUGUGGGAGAUCGGGCUCCCGGCUCUCCGGACCCGCCUGGCGUCCUCGCCUCCGGCGGGGCGGGCCGGCUGCGGCGCCCGGGGCAUGGCUUCGGCGGGCAGCGGCAUGGAGGAGGUGCGCGUGUCUGUGCUGACCCCGCUGAAGCUGGUCGGGCUGGUGUGUAUCUUCCUGGCGCUGUGUCUGGACCUGGGGGCCGUGCUGAGCCCGGCCUGGGUCACCGCCGACCACCAGUACUACCUGUCCCUGUGGGAGUCCUGCCGGAAACCUGCCAGCUUGGACAUCUGGCACUGCGAGUCCACGCUCAGCAGCGAUUGGCAGAUUGCUACUCUGGCUUUACUCUUGGGCGGUGCUGCCAUAAUUCUCAUUGCAUUCCUGGUGGGUUUGAUUUCCAUCUGCGUGGGAUCUCGAAGGCGCUUCUACAGACCUGUUGCUGUCAUGCUUUUUGCAGCAGUUGUUUUACAGGUUUGCAGCCUGGUCCUUUAUCCAAUCAAGUUCAUUGAAACUGUGAGCUUGAAAAUUUACCAUGAGUUCAAUUGGGGUUAUGGCCUGGCCUGGGGUGCAACUAUAUUUUCGUUUGGGGGUGCCAUUCUUUAUUGCCUGAACCCUAAGAACUACGAAGACUACUACUAGAACCAAUAGUCUCAAAUUAAAAAAAAAAAUCAACCAUCCAACAAAAGGAUUACGUCUUCAUCUUUUCUAACUCACUAUUUUCUAAAACACUUGUGGAGCAUCAAGCCAUUUGCUCAGUUGAUUUAAUAUCUUUUGCCUUUUGGCUGUCAACAUCAUAACCAGCUUUUACAUCCAUUUUAGGGACCUGCACAAAUUAAGGGAGCUGAUUAGACAUAGGCAAAUGCUGCAAACUUCCAAUAUGUUCAUGUCACUUUUCUUGACAAGUGAAGGGUCUAUAUGACAGCAACCAUUGUGAGAAACUAGUUGGAAUGAGAAAUGCCUGAAUCUCCUAUUGCCUGCAGGGGAGCAGCUGGCAUAAACAGCAUUUAGAAGUUCCUUUGCGCUGACACGGAUUCCACUGUUAGAGUCCUUAUUGCCUGCUUAUCCCACCCAGUGACUACAUUGGCUGUUGGUUAUUUGCUUGAGUGAACUCUUGAAAAGUGAACUUCCCUUCAGCAUCUAAUGGGAGUUCUGAAUGUAACUGGUUAAUGGUACAUAGUCCACCUUCAAGAAUACGCUUUUUAAUGGGAGGUUAUGCUUUGGCAAUCAGCAUCUCCCUGGGAAGGGAGUCAAGACUUGGAGACAUGUGCUUUUCAUUAUGUGGUUAGAAAUUGUGCCUCAGCCAUAUCUAUCUAGAAUGAGGAAAAAUUGAGAGUCCUUACUUUCCCUGGGGCAAACAGAAAGAAAUAUGCAUGAGUUGCUUUUAUCCUAAGUACCCUUUAAAUCACUUACCAAACAUUACAGCAAACAAUUGUGCAUAUGUAACAAGCUUAACUAUUUUUAUAGAAGGUGAACCAUUAGUAUAAAUGGUAAUAAGUUGUUCCCUAGCCCUACACAUGCAUUUGCCUAUUGCACAUAAAAUUAAUAUUUGCUCUUAGUGAAGUGAUUUGAACACUAACCUUGUACACAUUGUUUAGAGACUUAGAUCAGUAUUCACACUUAUUUACCAUACAAAAGUACAUAUACCUUAAAGCUUUUGCUCUAUGUUCUCUACUGUUUCACUGGAAAGUUUUAAUAGAAUUGUAUAAGAAGAAAAAUUGAAAUGGUGUUAAUCUGAAAAUUAAGCACUGUAGUUCAAAAGAGAGUAGCAAUUAGGAUGAUCGUUUUGUUUAAAAUUCAUUAAAAUAGAAGGCUGCUUUUUUCCCAAGUAUUUUAAAUGUCUUCAUUAAAAAAUAAAGGAAUAGUGAUAGGUUUAUAUAUAUAUGUCUAAAUGUCAGUAGAGGAGUAGAAUUCAUCUGGUUAUCACCUGGUCCUCUGAGGUUAACUAAUGGGCUGACUGAUUUGUGCACACAAAUAUAGAUUUAUGGUAAGGGAAUCAUUUACUGACUGUUCAAAUGGAAGGAAGUAUCAGUAAUAGGGAAGAAGUUUGCAACAAAUCUUACACUGCAAACUUGUGUUAAUCCUGUUUAAUACACAAAUUUGGAUAGUUUAAUUAUAAACAUAUUUUUAUAUCAAAUAUACAGUUCUAAUAUAAAAGUUAUAAAUAAUUAUUUUUGUUAACAAAACAAUAUUUGGCCCUCUUGCAGAAAGAAGCAUUGGAAAAAUCAUUUAAAAUAUACCUAUGUUCUAUUGUAUUGCAAAAUCCAUAAAGAGCAGGACCACAUCAAUAAUAAUUUGCUUUACCUUCCAAAGCAGAGUUCUGAUUUCAGCUUAAGAACUACUGCCAAAAACAACAGGGAAAAAAAAAACUAUUUUAUUAUUCAAAUAUUUUUAAAAAACCCUAUUAUCUUGUGACUUUUCUAUGGAAUCACAAAGUAAAUUUGAAGAACCAGGCAUAUUCUUAUUUUAGCAAUGACAGACAAAAGUGAUUAAAUGUAUCCUAGAGAGAAACCUUUAUAAAAGUAUAUGAUUCUGUAUAGAAUCAUAAGAAACUAGGAGUGGAAAAUUUCCAGAAAGAUGUUACUAUUUAUAGAAUCUUUUGAAGCAAUUUUCAUGAGAAAUAGUAAAAUCUGGGCCAGGCUGUCUUGCAGUUAAUUGCAUAUUAUCAGAGCAGCAUGAGAAAUACGGUAUUUGUUGGAUAGGGAUUUCGGCUACUAAACACUCUCUAUUGUGAGAGAAUAUCUUUAUUCCUGAAUAAUGGAGGAACAGUACUUUGGUGCUGACAUCAAUGAGGCGCUUUUCUUAGUACUAGUAGAGAAUGCAGUGUGCUUUUAGACCAGUAUCACAUCUUGAGUCUCAUCAGGUUUUCAUUCUGUCAAUAUGAGAAGCUGGAAAGUGACAGAAUAUGGUAUAGGCUAAGGCAUACAUAUUUGCAGUGUACUGAGAAGUAGAUUUCUUAUAUAACUUUUUUUCCCUUCCCAGUGAAGAGCCCUAUGCUAUAUUUCUACCAUCAUUAAUAUUUGAGAGUGUUUUAUUACUAACAAGUUCAGUAUAACAUGAAAGUUGUCAUUGCUUAUCCAAAAUAUUGUUUUGUCUGUCAGAAUAAACAAAGUGAAUUUUUUACCCACAUUAACCUUAUGUCUUUGCAGCUUUAGGUUUGUUUGAUGUUUUCUUACAAGCAAAACUGUUAACUACAAACCCAUUGUUUAUUUUAGAGAGCGAGAGGUACACAUACACACAUAUAGCAUAAAGUACUCAGCAGGGCUAGUUAUUUGGAUUUCUUGCACAACGACUUAGCUUUUUGUAAGUUCAACAUGUAAAUUUUAAAGACAUAAAUAUAGAGAGACCUAUGUGUUUGAAAUAUAAAUGAUAUAUAUGGAUUAGCAUGUACCUGUAUAUUAUUAAACAUGCAAUGAACUGACUGGUAAGUGACGUCUAAUUGUAUGGCUAGCAAUGUAAUUUAUUCAGACUGUAUUUUUGUACAGAGCAGCACACACUAACCUAUGCCUCUGUGUCCUCUUUAAUGCCUAAAACUGUGCCUAGAAAUUUCAUCUGUCUUAAAAAAUAAAAUAUACUUCAUGCUGUUUAUGCUAUUAGUUUUACUGCUGUUCUAUAUUUAUUAUUUUUAAAUAUAUGAUAUGUUUACUACUUAAAUAUGAAUUCAUGGUAUUCUGAUUAUUUUUAAACAGUCCUCUAGGGAAAACCUGUUUAUCACUCCAGUGGUUUUGAGUUUGCAGUUUCACAAUCAGUUCUUCAUUUCAUGAUUUUUGUAGCUGACAUGAAGUUAUCUAUGUGGAAAAAAUAAAAAUAAAAGUGGUUUCACUGA